AUGUCCAUGAGGAGCCCCGUUUCUGCCCACCUGGAGCUCGAUGGAGCAGGCAGCAUGGUGAACUGCACCAUCAAGACGGAGGAGAAGAAGGAAGGUGGCUACGAGUCCCCGCCGGGGGCUGCCCCCAGCACCGAGCCCCGUCCCAACGACCCGCCGGGGCCACCGCCGCCGCAGGUGGGUCCCGUGGCUGUGACAGACACUGGUCCUGGCUGGGGUUCCUGCCGGGCUGGCAGAGAGUCCCGCUCGCCCGACGGCGAUGCUCUGGAGCCCAGGCGCUCUGCCUUCGAGCCGGCCGUCAGCGGCCAGGAGAAGCUGGACUUCAACAAGAACUUGAAGGAGGUGAUGCCAACCAUCGAGAAGUUACUGUCCAGCGACUGGAAGGAGCGGCUGCUGGGCCGAAACGCCGCCGAGUCCAAGGAAGUGAAAGGAACCCAGGAGAGCCUGGCGGAGAAGGAGCUCCAGCUACUUGUCAUGAUCAACCAGCUGUCCACGCUGCGGGACCAGCUCCUGACGGCCCACUCGGAGCAGAAGAACAUGGCUGCGAUGCUCUUCGAGAAGCAGCAGCAGCAGAUGGAGCUGGCACGGCAGCAGCAAGAGCAGAUCGCCAAGCAGCAGCAGCAGCUCAUCCAGCAGCAGCACAAAAUCAACCUGCUGCAGCAGCAGAUCCAGCAGGUCAACAUGCCCUACGUCAUGAUUCCUGCCUUCACCCCCAGCCACCAGCCUCUCCCCGUCACUCCCGACUCUCAGUUAGCGCUGCCCAUCCAGCCCAUCCCGUGCAAACCAGUGGAUUACCCGGUGCAGCUGCUGCACAGCCCCCCUCCUCCCACGCUGAAGAGACCCACCGGCUCGGGCCACCUCCAGAUGCAGAUGAGCGGCUGCCAGUCCCUCACGCCAAGUCACGGGGCCACCAGGGACCUGCAGACCAGCCCGUCCAACCUGCCUCUGGGGUUCCUGGGCGAAGGCGACGCCAUCACCAAAGCCAUCCAGGACGCACGGCAGCUGCUGCACGGCCACAGCGGGGCCAUGGAGGGAUCGCUGAGCAACCCCUACCGCAAGGACCACGUUGGGAUUGAUUCUUCGCCGGUGAAGGAGCGGAUGGAGGAGACCCCUGUCCACCGGCUGGAUGAGACUCUGUUGAACUGUGAGAUGGAUGGCUCACGGCACUUCCCCGAGUCCAGGAACAACAACCACAUCAAGCGGCCCAUGAAUGCCUUCAUGGUGUGGGCGAAGGACGAGAGGAGGAAGAUCUUGCAGGCCUUCCCGGACAUGCACAACUCCAGCAUCAGCAAGAUCCUGGGCUCCCGGUGGAAGUCCAUGACAAACCAGGAGAAGCAACCCUACUACGAGGAGCAAGCCCGGCUGAGCCGGCAGCACCUGGAGAAAUACCCCGACUAUAAGUACAAGCCCCGACCCAAACGCACCUGCAUCGUGGAGGGGAAGCGGCUGCGCGUGGGCGAGUACAAGGCGCUGAUGAGAAACCGGCGGCAGGACGCCAGGCAGGGCUACUUGAUAGGGCCCCAAGGCAGCCAGAUGCCCCCCGCCUCCUCGGACGUGCUGUACCAGCGGCCGGUGGGCAUGCAGCUGACACCCCCCCUGAUGGAGCACUACCUGCCCCGCAGCGUGGACCCCAGCAUGCCCGUCAUUGUCAACACACGCAGCCUCAAGGAGAGCGACGGCGGCGACGACGGGCACUCGGUGGCCGACGGUGAGAUGUACCGCUACAGCGAGGAGGAGGACUCAGAGGGUGAGGACAAGAGUGAUGGCGAGCUGGUGGUGCUGACG